GGGGCCUCGUCCGAAUCGGCUCUGCGGGUCUUUGGCCGAGCGUCGCCGAGCUGAGGUCGGUUCAGCCAUGGCGAAAGGCAAAGCCGCCGUACGGUCGCCCACGGGGGCACUCCACACGACCCCAGGGGAGGACCGGGCUGCGCGGACGCGGGGUUCCGCGGAGCCGGGCAGCGGAGACCAUCUGAAGGAAAAAGCCUGUGCAGAAGCUGGAUCAGCAAGAAUGUCACUCCUUAUAUUGGUGUCUAUUUUCUUGUCUGCAGCCUUUGUUAUGUUUUUGGUAUAUAAAAAUUUUCCUCAGCUUAGUGAAGAAGAAAGAGUGAAUAUGAAGGUCCCCAGGGAUAUGGAUGAUGCCAAGGCCCUAGGAAAAGUUUUAUCCAAAUAUAAAGACACCUUUUAUGUACAAGUACUUGUAGCUUACUUUGCUACAUAUAUUUUCUUGCAAACAUUUGCUAUUCCUGGCUCUAUUUUUCUCAGCAUACUCUCAGGGUUUCUUUAUCCCUUUCCACUAGCCUUAUUUCUUGUUUGUUUGUGUUCCGGACUUGGUGCCUCAUUCUGCUAUAUGCUCUCCUAUUUAGUUGGAAGACCAGUUGUAUAUAAAUACUUAACAGAGAAGGCAGUAAAAUGGUCACAACAGGUGGAACGUCACAGAGAACAUCUCAUUAACUAUAUAAUAUUUUUGAGAAUAACACCAUUUCUGCCUAAUUGGUUUAUUAAUAUUACAUCUCCUGUGAUAAAUGUGCCAUUGAAAGUUUUUUUUAUUGGCACUUUCCUAGGUGUUGCACCUCCCUCUUUUGUAGCAAUCAAGGCAGGAACAACACUGUACCAGCUUACAACAGCAGGGGAAGCUGUUUCCUGGAACUCAGUAUUUAUUCUGAUGAUUUUAGCUGUUCUUUCUAUUCUGCCAGCUAUCUUCCAAAAGAAACUAAAGCAGAAAUUUGAGUAAAAAAUUAACUAGGUUUAAGUUUUUCUAUCAUCAUCAUCAUCAUCAUCUCAGGCUUAGCAGGUGCAUCCAUUUGUUUUUAAAUAAUCUCUUCAGUACUCAAAAGAAAUAUCGUUUCAUGGGAUAUUUGUAAAGUAUCGAACGAUACAUUUUAAAUAAUGCAUUUAAGUGACACAAGUGCGUAGAAAGUAAAAGGAGAAAUUGACAUACUAAGAAAAGUGCUGUCAUCUAUAGUUUUGAUAAACAUCUUAAAUUACCAACAAUAGCUAUAGACAGACAAUAGAGACAUGGUAGAAACUUCUUGGUUUGAAUGCAUCCAGUGUUUAUUUUUAUGUAACAAAUAAGUAGUGAAGCCAGGUUUAGUGGUAUGUAUCUGUCAUCCCAAGCCACUCAAGAGCCCUGAGGAUUGUGAAUUUGAGACAGCCCUGGCAAUUUAGCAAGAUGCUGUCCUAAAAUAAGAGGUAUGGCGUUUGCUAAAGUUUAGCUUGUCAGAGCAUAAACUGGAUAACUAAAAUUUAAAAGAGGUUUACAUUUUCUUUCUCUCUUGACCUUUCAAUUUCAUUAGGGAUUGUAUCUUCAGAAACCAAUGAAAAUAGGGAGGAUAUCAAGUUAUCUGUCUCACAAAUUUUAUCAUUUUCUGUUUUAGAUUUUUAUCAUGGAUUAGACUGAUAAUGUAAAUUCUGGCCAGUCUGUUUUCACUCGUCUUCAUUUUCUAGGUUUUACAAUAUUUCCACACUGCAUAUGCAAACUGAGGAUUUGCGUACCUAUAUAAUACUGGUAUUGAUAAUGUAUAUUUAGAUAAUUUGUUAUAACAUCUCUAAUAUCUCAAUAGAGGACCUGAAAACAUCAAUUUUAGACAUUAGAUGAUUAUUUUAUUUUGAAACAAACAGUAACAGCACAGCACUAGUGGUUAAAUAGAGUUUAUUGAUUCUAAUGACUAAAAUUUACCUCAUUUGAUCAUUAAACAAUGUAUUAUGUAAUUAUCCUUUUUAUGCAUGAUACAUUUAUGAGAAUAUCUUGUUUUAUUUAUAUGAUGGCUUUUGUUUGGGACU